AUGUUGCGACGCACCGCGCGUUUGCGCCGGGAGUUCGUGUACAGGAAAUCGCUCGAGGGGAAGGAGCGGGAGCUGUAUGAAAAGAAGCGAACGAUUCGACAGUGCCUCGAGGAUGGGAAACCGAUCCCGACCGAACUGCGACGGGACGAGGCGCGGUUGCGAGAGGAGGUGCACGCGGAGGAUGUGCACACGGCGCGAUACGGUGCGAGAGGGGUGGUUGACGAUGAGUACGCGAAGGCGGCGGAGAGCGAGCCGAGAGUGUUGCUCACGACGUCGAGAGAUCCCUCGUCGAGGUUACAGCAGUUUGCGAAAGAGUUGAAGCUGUUGUUUCCAACGAGUCAGCGCAUCAAUCGCGGGUCGCAAAUUUUACCGGAUCUCGUCGAUUUGUGCAGAAACGGUGGGUUCACGGAUUUAGUCAUGGUGCACGAGCACCGAGGCGAGCCGGACGGGCUCGUGAUCUCGCACUUACCGUUCGGACCGACGUGUUACUUUGGAAUCUCGAACACGGUGAUGCGACACGACAUUAAGGAUCAGGAUCUCGGCCACGUCAGCGAGGUGUUUCCGCAUCUGAUUCUCGAAAAUUUCACCACGCCGCUCGGGCAGCGCACGGCGACGGUGCUGAAGCAUCUCUUCCCGGAGCCCAAGGCGAAGUCCAAGCGCGUGGUGACGUUUGCGAACGAUGCGGAUUACAUAUCUUUGCGUCAUCACACGUAUGAGAUGCCCAAGGGGGCGAAAUCGGUCGCGCUCACGGAAAUCGGUCCGCGGUUUGAGAUGCGACUGUACCAAAUCAAACUGGGGACGGCGGAGCAGGACGACUGCGACAUCGAGUGGAGUCUGCGUCCGUUCAUGCGGUCGGGUAAGAAGGCUAGGCUUUAG